AUGCCCAAAUCAGCUAAGCGUAGUAAAGCACCUCCUGAAGGUUUUGCUAAGGUUGAACCAACAAUAAAUAAGUUCCUUGUGAAGCUCAAAGAUGCUCAGACCAAAGGAAUGAAAACAGAAAAUAAACAUAGCUCAUUAUGGCCAAUUAUUAGGAUUAAUCACCAAAUUUCUAGGUAUAUCUACAGCUUAUACUACGAGAAGAAGGUGAUAUCAAGAGAGCUCUACGAAUGGCUUUUGGAACAGAAAUAUUGUAAUAAGGAUUUAAUUGCUAAAUGGAAGAAACAAGGAUAUGAGAAUUUAUGUUGCAUUAACUGCAUCAUGAAGCAGGAUAAAAAUCACUCAUCAGCAUGUAUUUGUAGGGUCCCGAAGGCAAAGCUUGAAGAAGAUAAGAAGGUCGAAUGCAUUACUUGUGGUUGUAGAGGAUGUGCAAGUACUGAUUAA